CGUUGCUUCUCUCAGUCUAUCGUUGCCAGCCGCACGAUUCGGAUCGCGCUCGUAUAAUUGCUCCCGGCGUAUUCUUUGUCUGUUUGGAUAAUUUCGUAAUGAAAAGCGUUAUUCUCAUUCAACUGGCGUGGUGUAUGAAUUGUGGGUGUGCGAUGACCACGUUUAACUAAUAUGAAUUUUGGUUCCAAAAUUGAAAGAGUGCGUUUGUGCAAUCGUCGGCCAGUUAACCCCAACAAAAAGCAAUGCUCUCAAUGGAUUCAAGUGAAAAGGAAGAAACCAGAGGGAACGGAGAAAAGUUCCAAUUAAAUCUUACAUGAUCAAAUAACAUCCCGGCGAAGAAUGAAGUGUGUGUAAAGAGUCGAAAUUAAGAAGACCGAAAAUUAUUAAAGAAUGAUUGUUUUAUAUCAUUCACACGGUGCAUUCACGAAACCCAGACCAGUUGAUCGACGGAUGAGGAUACGCUCGAUAGGUUUGAAAAAAAGUGUCGAAUAACUAGAGAAAAAAAGUAUAAAUAAAGUGUGUGCAGUGGCUGACUGUGAGUCGAGAAUAAGAAGGAACAAAUCGGCUUUGAAAAAGGUGUUAUUUGAGAAGCAUGAGGUAGAGAAAAAAAAUCAUCUGAUAAAAUAGAUCUUAGGAAAGGUGGAAUGAAUUUCCAUGCGUAGUAAUUCGUUUUUAAAGCAAGUGUUCGAUCAUGAGAUCAUCAAUAGGCGUUACGAAAGUUCUCGCAUUCUAUUUCAUACUUUUGCAUUUAUUUUUGAAAGCAAAAAUGUGUGUCGGUGCGAUCCAUGGUGCGAGUAGUGGAAACAUUAAUGACAGUGAUGAGUCAUUUUUCCCGGUGGAAACACACACGACAGUCGCCCCAUUGCUAGACUCUAUACCGAGUCCUGUCGGUCAUAGUGUCGCGAAAAUUCAUCGUCGGCAACAUGCGGCGGUUGUCUUGACGCCGAAACCGACGGCGGCGCUUCACCACGUGCGACACGAACAUAGUUUUGUGAAAAAUCGACACAUUGUCAACCCGCAAGAUGAUCAUCAUCUUCGCUCUCACAAGAGCAAUUUUAAAUCUGCUCAAGCUGCUGGCCGAAAUUGGUAUCCGAACCAGCGACGGCCACCUCAUCAUCACCGGGGGUUGCACCAGCGGGACUUUAACCCGACUAGCAGCAGUUCAUCAUUCGCGCUGUCAUCGCCGCACAGUGUGCAUCGAGCAAGACUUAACCGGGCUAAUUCUAGGAGUAUCAGCACAAACCAGCAAAAAUCCAAUCCUAAUCCAUGGCUUGAAAACCAGCCCAAGCCAUUAUCUGCAUUUACAACUGAGCCAAUAAAGAGUAGCAUUAAAAAACAUAAAAGUUCUGGUGAUUCAAAAAAGUCAACUCACCAUACCAAUAACUAUUUCGAAGAAUUGCUCAACAGUUACAAAAGUAAUUCGCCAUACUACAAAGACCACUUGAAGAGAGACUCAAGCGUGCUGACAAAAUCUUUGCAAGCCUUAAACACGAAAUGCAGCGACAAAAAAUGUAAAAGCAGGCAUGCUAAAGAGGAUACAAAUGAUGAUGACUAUGAUUAUGAGUAUGAAGAAGAAGACGACGAUGAAGAUGAUUAUGAUGAUGAAUAUUACGAUACCGAGGCUCAGGGUGAUGCUGGAUAUAGUACAACAACGAACUCAGUGACGGUAGCAGACAGCACGAAACUUAGUCAGGAACAAAAUUAUAGUAAUGUCAACAAUAAAUUUGAUAACAGCUUACAUCAAGAUAAUGAUGAUGCUGUGGAAGCAAAACAUUCACUUUCCAACAGUGUUGAUACUACCAGAGAAAACAAUAAAGUUCUGUCCAAAGAAGUGUAUGCAGCAGAUGCAAAUAUGGCAAAGUUCCAUGUAGCCAAACUUCGACGAGAGGGGAAUUGUAAUGUUCCUAAACCAAAAAUUGUAUUAGCUUCAAAUGAUCCAACAAAGCAAUACACGCCACACUGUACAAUACUUCAUCGAUGCGGUGACGAUGUCGGAUGUUGUCCACAGGCAAAAACAUGUGCAGCUUCAAAAAAUUCAACGGUUGAACUUUAUUUUUUUGUCAAAGCUGUUGGAUCAAGGUCAACAAUUGAAAGGCUGAGUUUUAUCAAUCACACAGAGUGUGCGUGCAUCAAUCGGCACGAGUCAAUAAAUCGUAGAACACCAUCCGUUUCAAUAGUGGCGACACCAACUAAACCACCAAUCUGCAACUGCCCAACGUACUUUCAGCGUGUUGUCGAUAAUGACAACCGAUGCUUUUGCGAUUGCUCGUCCAGUGAUUCACAGUGCGAUCAAUUUAAGCGUGGUCUAGAGCAUUUUUCGAUGGAUAAUCGAAGGUGCAUCAUGAAUAAUCGCUGUGAGGAGCCUAGAUGUGAAUAUGGACGUUACAACAUUGCUAAAGGGAAAUGUCCGGCAAAAAAGGACGCUCUUAGUAUCGCUUUUAAAGUCUAGUUGUUGAUAGUCUGCCUUAAAACUACACAAUCAUUUAACUUGAGAGAUUCCUUCCCAAAAUUGUAGUGUAAAUAAAUUUUAAAAUAAAAUAGAGCAGGAUCAAUUUCCUUGGAAUGAACAUGAAUAAGCAAGGCAGCAAGUAAAGUUAGCAGCUUAUGAUGUUUAAAAUGAUGUAUAUGAUUCCUAAUAUUUUUUAAUUAGGAAAUAGAUGAAUACCAUCAUAUGAAAAAAAAAACUGAUGAGCCUAUUCAGAUGUAGUCCCGAUUCGCCCAGUUUACAGUAUAAAGUUUAAUAAUGUGAAUACAAAUAGUUUCGAAAAAAACAAUACACAAUAUAAGAUGAACAGAUAAAAGAAUGAAUGUAUGAUUUAAAUAUUAGCAUUUUCGAUGCAUGGAAUUUUCAAUAAUAAAAAACUCAUAUUUUUUCCUGGUAAAUAAUUUAAAAUUUAAUAAAGGCCUCUUUAUCCGAAGUACUAUUAUCCAAAGAUUUUCGGAUAAUCGAAACAUGAAAAAAUCACGAAUAAUUUAUCUAUAAUUUAUACCAAAUCCUUGUUUACAUUUUCUGCCACUGUGAUUUUGACACAAGCGUUUGCGUUUACACCAAGAAGAUGUAUUAGAAAACUUGUUGCAAUUUUAAGACCCGUGUUUGCUCGUUCCAUGUUUUUAAUUUACGAAUAUGAGAAUGUGCAUUCCAAGAUUGUUUAUGUGAGAAUGAGCAAUUCAAGAUGGCGCCCAUAAUCUCAGAGCACGUUAGUAAAACAUUCUGGUUAAAUAUUUUCUUCAUUUCAUCACCAUUUCAUAAGUCAUGUUUACAUUUGUGCUAAAAAAAUCUUUGAAAAAGGACUUCGGAUUAUCAAGUCUGAACUGUUGAAUUCAAUCAUUAAAACCAUUAAAGAAGUGCCAUACAAAUCAAGAUUUCAAUAACAAGUGUAUUCAAGACUUUAUUUUGUGUGUAUAGCAUAGAAAAAAUUGUGCCUUUAAAAAAAGAGCCUUAAAAUGGUUAAACAAGAUUAUUUUAAAUUAUGAUUAUUCCAGUGAAAUCUAAAAAUUCAGAUUUUUAAAAUGGUGCGUGAUUGAUGCAUAAUCAUCCAAUUUUCUUACAAACUAAAUCUGGACUACAAACAACGAUUGGUGCGAUAACUUGUUUUAAUAUUAAUUUAUUAGUGAAAUGUACGAGCAAGAUGAGAUUAUAGAUCAGAGGAAGCCUAUAAUUUGUUCUAAAUGAAAACAUCCCGUCUAAAUAAGAACCGCUCUGCAAAAUUUCUGAAAUAGACUUAUCUGCAACACUAACUAGAAUUUAAAGCCAAACAUAAAUUAUUAUUUGAAAUAAACAUUUUUCUAUUCAAACUGGAUUAGAGAAGUUCACUAGUCAUAUAAGUACAAUAGUAUUAUGAUUGUGGUAUGUAGUUGGCAAAUAAAUACGUUUAUGUCAGUUGGUUA